UAUCUUCCUUUUUAUUUUAUUUUUUCUCAGAUUCUCCAUGCUCGGUAGAGUCUAGAGAUUGCGGGGCACUAGAAAGAUUCAACGUCCAACAAUGUCGUCACUCGCCUACGUUUCCCGGCAAAACUAGGGUUUUCCCUCUUUCUAGGGCACGUUUUUCCGCUGCAAAAAUCGUUGAGAUUGACUCAUCGGCAUCGCCGUCAUUUUCGCAUACAAGUUUCGGAAUCUAGGGCUUCGUAAUUGCCCUGCUUUGGAUCACAGUGCUUGAAUUUCUUCUGACGAUGUUCUCGUUCCUAUUUGGUUGUGUUCUGAAGACUACUUUAGUUGUGAAGUUUUGGCUGGAGUUCUCGGCAAGAGGAGCCUGUAUUUAAUGGUAUAGCAGAGUUGAACGGCGUUUUCUAUAGCAAAAUUUCAGGAUUGGCGAGGUUGAUAUUUUUCUUUUGGUGACUGUGAUCUCUUUGGGGGUGGGAAGGACGGUUCGACUGUUGAGUAUUUAGCAAGCUGGUGCUUCGUUUAAUUUUGUGGCUCUGCAUGUUGGAUUGUUAAGGGGUCCUCUGCUGCUUCGUGGAGGAUCCCAAAAAUUGCGGUUUUCUUUUGGUAGGAAAUAUUGCGGUUUUUGGACUGUGGGUUUAUAAAUUCAGAUACAAUGCUGCUCUAUUUCUUGGCUAAACAAUUAAGGUCAAGGAGGAGAGCAUUUAGUUGAGUUUUUAUUUUUCAAUGGUUUUCUCGUCCGAGAAGUAAGGCCAUGUCGUGAUCUGCAUAUUGUUGUUUGGUUUUGAGGAUUUAAAACAAAUUUUUGGGGAGAGAUGUUCCGUUCUGGUGCAAAUACCGAGCAUAUCAAUAGCGGGUCAGGUACUGUGUUGAUACCUACGCGAUUUGUGUGGCCGUAUGGUGGCAGUAGGGUAUUUCUUAGUAGCUCCUUCACCAGGUGGUCAGAUUAUAUACUAAUGUCUCCGGUUGAGGGCUGCUCCACAGUGUUUCAGGUUAUCUACAGCUUAACACCAGGAUACCAUCAGUACAAGUUUUUUGUUGAUGGAGAAUGGCGGCAUGAUGAAAACCAACCUUUUGUAAAGGGAAGUUUUGGGUUGGUGAACACUAUAUUCUUAACUAGGGAACCUGAUGUGGUUCCUGCUAUUUAUAGUUCUGAGAUGCCAGCUAGAUCUAAUAUGGAUGUGGAUAAUAAUCCAUUUAUUAAUCUGGAAGCGGUACCAAAGAUAUCGAUGGACGAUAUUGAGAUCUCUCGCCGCCAUAUAUCCGUUUUCUUGUCAACACAUACUGCUUAUGAGUUACUUCCUGACUCGGGGAAGUUAAUUGCCUUGGAUGUUAAUUUACCAGUGAAGCAAGCAUUCCAUAUUCUAUAUGAGCAGGGAAUCCCUGUGGCUCCUCUUUGGGAUUUUUGCAAGGGUCAGUUUGUUGGUGUUCUUAGUGCAUUAGACUUCAUCUUAAUUCUAAGAGAGCUUGGGAACCAUGGAUCAAAUUUAACAGAGGAAGAGCUUGAGACACAUACCAUAUCAGCUUGGAAAGAGGGAAAAUCACGUCUGAACAUACAAGUUGAUGGCUGUGGCAAGUUGUACUCAACAGAUAUGAGACAGCUUGUGCAUGCUGCGCCUAAUGAUUCUCUAAAAGAUAUUGCUUUGAAGAUUCUAAAUUGCAAGGUGGCUACAGUUCCUAUUAUUCACUCUUCUUCACAGGAUGGUUCAUUUCCACAGCUACUGGAUUUGGCUUCCCUGUCUGGAAUCUUAAAAUGUAUUUGCAGGUAUUUUAGGCAUUCUUCCAGCUCUUUACCCAUUAUUCAACAACCAAUUUGUUCACUUCCUCUAGGUACAUGGGUUCCAAAACUUGGGGAAUCUAUUGGACAACCAUUUGCAAUGUUGAGACCAAGUGCCUCACUAAGUGCUGCCCUGUCUUUGUUGGUCCAAGCUGAAGUUAGUUCAAUACCUAUAGUGGAUGAUAAUGACUCUUUGCUGGAUAUAUACUGUCGAAGCAGUGAUAUCACUACUCUGGCAAAAGACACAGCUUACGCACUGAUUCAACUUGAUGAAAUGACUGUUCAUCAGGCAUUGCAACUGGGACAACAUCAACAUGCCAAUUCUUAUGGCUUCUAUAGUGGACAAAGAUGUCAGAUGUGUUUGCGAACUGACUCUCUGCAAACAGUGAUGGAGAGGCUAGCAAAUCCCGGGGUUAGGAGACUUGUAAUCGUGGAGGCUGGGAGCAAGCGAGUAGAGGGAAUUGUUUCAUUAAGUGAUGUGUUCAAGUUCUUGCUGGGUUAAGCCCAACUGAUGAGUGAUGAAGAAGAAGCGUCUCAAUUCUCGUGGUUUAUUUAUUUAGUCUAUUUGUUGUUGGGCUUAGGGUUCAGUUGUGUCUCCAUUGCUGCUGGCUGUGCCUUUGUCUUCCGCUGGACGGGGCCUGCCUUCAUUUUCUGAGGCUGCCGGUUUCGAAAAGGAUUAGAGAAUUCUGUAAAUUGAAUAACUCACUUUCUCCCCUUUUUUUAUUUUUACUUUUUAUCGAACAUUAUUUAUCAGCUCAUGAGUGUAGGGUUCGGAUUCUCGCUGAUUCCAACGCUUCUUCUUCCAUUGUCA